GCGUGAUGGGGGUGGGCACUCCCACUUCUGAGGACUUCCAAAAACUGCUCAGGGCAUACAACUCAAUCAAAGAAGGUAAGAGAGCGGCCGACAUGGAGGUCCAAAUGUCAAAGGACCGCUUCGAACGUGCCAUCGGGAAGCUUGUCAGACAGGGACGAACACCUAGGUCCAACCUCUCCAAGCGAAUCAACGAUGCGUCGGAUGGAGACAAACCGGAGAACCUAGGCGAGCAGGAUGAUGCGCUCGAUGAUAUCAUCGUGCGGCCAUCUCCACCGAAGAGAACUUCCGGGAGAUUGGCUUCCAAGGCAACAACCACUGAACGGGCUGACUUCAUCAAGGAAACGAAGAAGCACCUCAAACGCCUGAAGAAGAACGGACUCCAGAUCUUGUGCGGUAGAAAGGGCAUCUCCUUCACCACUUGCAAGCAGGCAAUCAACGAUUUUGCCAAGCACAGGGCAGCGCUCGCCUUCGAUUUCCGUCCCGAAGCUUUCAAGGUUGGAAGAUCGGCUCCUGAAUCCGAGGCGGACGAAGCUAAGGAAGAUGCACAAGAUGAUGGACAGGUCACGCAGCCUGUUGACAUCGAUGAUGAGGAGCACUUGGCAGAUGAGUAGGGGGUGCGGCCCAAGCGCUGACUCGCUAUGGGAACUUCUGUUGUCUUGCUUCUCACUUCGUAAGACCAAAGAUGGUGUCCUCGACGUAUAUCUUAACUACCUGGUUGGGAUGGUCAUUAUUGGGCUGAUUUUCUUAGGACAGAUCCCGUGGGGUUUAAAGUUUCAAGAUCAAUU